GAACAAGCGACUCUUGUCAAUUAGAUUAGUCAGAAGAAACUGUUCGUCUGUGGUGCUGAAGGACACCAAUGUUUUUCUGAUUAGUUUGUUAAUUUAUGAUCGUUUUUUUUUCUUCCCCUCCUGGUAUGAGUGAACGUAAAGUUUAGCGGCGAGACACCGGCUGUAAGAUAACAUAAGCGACAAACGGGGCAGCAGCUUCUGACCUUCUGUGGUGUUUGUGGAGUUAGCUAAAGUGCUACUUGUGGCUGACGCACUGAGUCUCCAGCCUUAAUUCUGUGCCAUUAAUGGUUUAAAGUGGGCAGCCACGCAUGUGGCAGCGUCCUGAGUGCGCACGAUGACAUCGGAGACUUCGGUCUCCAUAUCCAGCGUCAGCAGUAACCCUGCAAAGGGAAGCUAUUACUGGCUGCGCUCCUUUGCAGCUGGAGGUAUAUCAGCAUGCUGUGCCAAGACUACAAUUGCGCCCCUGGACAGAGUCAAGAUCCUACUUCAAGCUCAGAACCCCCAUUACAGACAUCUCGGAGUGUUUUCCACUCUGUGUGCUGUGCCAAAGAAAGAAGGGUUCCUUGGCUUGUACAAGGGUAACGGGGCGAUGAUGGUUCGGAUUUUUCCUUAUGGAGCGAUUCAGUUCAUGGCCUUUGAGAGAUAUUCAAAGGUAAGCUAUAGGGGUGUACAUCUCUCCCUUAUAUAA